CCACGUCUGGUUUACACAGAUCUGUUGCUUGCUUUGAAUGGCGACCUUUCCCCUCAGACAGAACUAACGGAUAAGAGGAUCUGAUUGGCUAAACGCGGCGCUGAGUUUCCAGAAUGGAGGAGUGUUGUAGCUGGAGAGUGAGACCGGAAAAGCGAAUUUCAAAAUUUUCUUUAGGAACUAACGUUACUUUGAAUACCCUGUGAUACUAGGAGCUGACAGUACGACAUGCAUGCAGGUCAUGAAGCGAGUACGUACAGAGCAGUUCCAGUACACGGUUGCUCAGUACCUCAAGCGUCGGCAGUAUGUAGAAUCAGAGGGUCCCCCAAAGGGGCCGAAAUUAUCUCAGACUGCAGAGGAGAUGGCAACUAACCUCACAGUUCAAACAGAGUCAGGUUGUACCAAUUUUGUGUCUGCUGCCCCUUGUCAGGCAGACUCACAGCAGUAUGAAAUACAGUUUGGACAAUUGCGAACUUUUCUGACUGAUACAAAUGUGCAGUGGAGCCGGGAAGUGACCUCAGUGCUGUACCCCCUAUUUGUCUACCUCCACCUUGACAUGGUACACUGUGGCCUAAAAAGCUCAGUGGACAGCUUUUAUAGCCGCUUCCAUAGUAUGUUCCUGCAGGACACCGACCAGAAGGAUAUUAUAGAACAGUUGAGAACUACGCUGACAGUCCAGGAUAUCUCAUCUAAUCCAAAACUCAGAGCCUUCCUUGACAAUAAGUAUGUUGUCCACCUCACUGAUGAGGCCUACAACUACCUCCUCCGCUACCUCCAGAGUGACAAUAACACUGCUCUCUGUAGGGUUCUGGCUUCCCACAUCCAAGUGGAGGUUACUUCCACCCAGCGGACUGUCUAUCAGUUGUAUGGUAGCGGCCCCAGCGGCGUGGGGGGGUUUUCACGAGGGGAUGCCAGCAAUAACAUGGAGCCUGGGGAUGUGCCUGCUAGCAUCCUGCAGAACGAAGCCGCCCGCAACUCGUUGCAAGAGUGUAUCAAACGUGUGAAGGAUGGGCCGCCGUCACUUACCACUGUCUGCUUCUAUGCAUUUCACAACACAGACCAACUGCUCAAUUCAGCUGAGAUCUCCGCCAACAGCAAGCUAUUGGCUGCCGGCUUUGACAACUCGUGCGUCAAGUUGUGGAGCCUGCGGGCCCGGAAGCUCAAGGCAGAGCCCCACCAGGUGGACGUCUCAAGAAUCAAUUUGGCGUGUGACGUCCUUGAUGAUGAGACUGAUGAUGAAGACAGUGCUGGUACUGAAAUGAAAACCCUAAGAGGACACUGUGGGCCGGUGUACAGUACUACAUUCCUUACGGACAGCUCAGGGCUCAUCUCCUGUUCUGAGGACACAACAAUCAGAUACUGGAACCUCGGCAGUUUUACUAACACUGCUUUGUACCAGGGACAUGCAUACCCAGUGUGGGACAUUGACGUUAGUCCGUGCAGCCUUUAUUUUGCAAGUGGGUCACAUGACAGGACUGCCAGGCUUUGGACGUUUAGUCGGACAUACCCAUUGAGGCUGUAUGCGGGUCACUUGGCAGACGUAGACUGUGUCAAGUUCCAUCCCAACUCAAAUUAUAUCGCCACAGGCUCCACUGACAAAACUGUUCGGCUGUGGAGUACACAGCAAGGGAAUUCCGUAAGACUGUUCACUGGCCACCGUGGCCCUGUUUUAUCACUGGCCUUUUCACCCAAUGGGAAGUACCUGGCAUCAGCAGGGGAAGACCAGAGGCUAAAACUCUGGGACUUGGCAUCAGGUGCAUUAUUUAAAGACUUGAGGGGGCAUACCAACAACAUCACAAGCCUCUCCUUCAGUCCCGACAGUAGCUUGAUUGCCUCGGCCUCGAUGGACAAUUCUGUCAGGGUUUGGGAUAUCCGAAACACGUAUUGCAAUGCAUCUGCUGACGGCUCCUCCAGUGAGCUAGUUGGCGUUUAUACAGGACAGAUUAGUAAUGUAUUGAGCGUGCAGUUUAUGGCCUGCAACUUGCUACUAACGACUGGAACUACACAGGAAAACCAAGAACAUUAGUCUAUGGUAGAGAGAUAGUGAUGUCUAAGUGGUCUAGGACAGGUAAUAUUUAUUCUUGUGGUGGUAGGAUGUUUGCCAGACCUGAUAGGGGGAAGUUAGAAAACAGCAAAUAGAGCAUGUUUCACGGAGCCUUGGCAGAACCCUUAUCAAUUUAGUAAGUUGAAAUAGUCAAACUUAUUUUUCUUGUUUUUACGUAGGUCAUGCAGUACUAUAUUUAGUAAAGCCAGCAAGGUAUAAAUAUAAAAUAUAAAAACUGGGUAAAUGGUUUCAGAUAGAUAUAUAUGUAUAUCGGCUCCAUGUCUGUACUUAGUAAAUCAAAUGUGUUUGAAUUACAGGCAAAACUCAAUUGCUUACAAAACACAAACAGCUGGUUUAUUUUAUGUAGUCCAAGGUUGGUGCUAAUCUGGGGCUGUGAAUCCAGCCAAUAAUGUUUAAAUAAAAUAUGGAGUGUCAUUUGGGUUACCAAGAUUUACCCUUCAAAAAAAUCAAUCGUCUCAAAGUGAAAAUUCAGCAAGAUGUCCCCAUGACCUCCCCCCCCCCCCCAAAAAAAACAAAAGUGUCUGCCAAUGUGUAGUAUGUAGUAUGCCAAAGUAGUUCUGAAGAUAUUUUAAUAGCCGUCCUUAGCCCAAUCAAUCAAAGGCAUGAACUAUUUCCAUAGUUCACCAUGACCUGGAUUCUGUUACACUCAAGAAAUUGUGCUAUGGGAUGUCUGUUAGCAAUUCCAUUACAAUUGGAUGAGCAGCAUUUUCUGUUUGUUGAUGGGGACAGUAAACUCGAAGGUCUGUGUGUCAUCUUUGCUUUGUGACAAGCAAACCAACAUCCUAGUAAUGGCACUGAUCUUCUAUAAAUAUACCCAUCUAAAGUUAAGUGUUUCAAUUGUACAACAUUCUGACUGUCCCAGAUUACUGACUGUUGUAGGUUUAGGAAAUGUUUGUUUGUAAAGAAUAGGUACAACAAGGCUGUUGUUGCUAUCAGAUGAACUUGUGCUGUUUGCCAGGCCCAAAUGCUUUAAAAGAUUGUGCCUUGUGGAAUUAUUGGAUUGUAAUGAAUUGAGGACAAAUAAGCAUAAACGCCUCUGGCCCAUGUAUUGAUUUCUACCAAAAUUCUGUUCCUCAUAGGGAUGAUUCUGUACUGAAGGGUCAAUGUUAACUAAUGCUUUUUGCUCUUCUAGCACAAACUGUUCAAUUGUAAUGCACUAAGGGAUUGAAGAAGCUAACGUAGCCAGUUAGAAAAAUGAACAGGAUAUUUUGUAUGACUACUUUUGUUACCCAGUUUACAAGCUUGUGUGGUGCGUAUCUGUUGCAGUCUACAAAACAUUAUUUUUUAUUUUGGAACUGUUCAAGUUAGUACUAUUUUCCAAAGUGACUGGCAGCAUAUUCUAGUUCUUUGCAUUUCUGAAUGACUCAUUUUUGUAUUGAAAUUUCUAUUAAAAUGUCUUGCAUUUUUAAAAAUA